CCUGGGCCAGACAUGGCCAGCUGGGUGUUCUGUAACCGCUGCUUCCAGCCGCCCCAGGCGACGUCGUGCUUCAGCCUGACCAACUGCGGCCACGUGUACUGUGACGUCUGCCUGCGCAAAGGUAAAAGGGAUGAAUGCUUGAUUUGUAAAGUUGCAUGUCGUACAAUUCUACUUUCAAAACAUACGGACUCCGACAUCCAGGCGCUCUUCAUGGGCAUAGACAGUCUGUGCAGGAAGUAUGCCAAGGAGACCUCCCAGAUCUCAGAAUUUCAAGAAAAGCACAGGAGGAGACUGUUAGCCUUCUAUGGAGAAAAGAUUUCUCAGUUGGAGGAGUCCCUCAGGAAGUCGACGCUGCGGGUGGAACAGCUGCAGAGGGUGAGGUCGUCACAACAAGCAGUUUUCAGCACAGUAAAAACUCCAGCUUCAACGCCUUCAGCAAGGCCAAACGGACCUCUGUUCCAGUCCCGUGACUCAUCAGCCUCUGAAAGGGUCGAGUCCAUGGAAGUUGACCUCACACCCUCUCCAAGGAGAAAGCCUGAGGUCACCGCUGGCCCACCGAGGAUCUCCCUGCUCAGCCCACCUCGGGAUGGACGCAUGGGCAGCAUCGCCCACCGCCCUCAGCACCUUGGCCUGAUGCCCCGAUGCGCCAGCGAGCCCCAGGCGCUCAGGGCCUGCCAGCCUUGGGGGACUUGUGCACGAGUGAGAGCAGGCUCCUCCCGUCUGGGUGUCCGCGGGGGGCUCAUGCAUGACAGCAGGCUCACCCCCGUCUGGGUGUCCGUGGCGCCGGCCUGCCUCUUCCUGACAGAGCGACUCAGCCACACGAGUGAAUAA